ACUGUCUCCACUGUUUCUUCUCCUUUUCGAAUUCUCUCUCUUUCUUUUCCUCUUCCCUCUCUCCUUAGUAUCUUGUCGGCGGUUGGCUCCGAAUUUGACCUGCGGACACUGAGAGCAGUCAGGGUUCUGCGACCACUUAAGUUGGUGUCAGGGAUUCCCAGCCUGCAGGUGGUACUCAAGUCCAUCAUGAAGGCUAUGAUCCCCCUGCUGCAGAUCGGACUGCUUCUCUUUGUGGCCAUUCUGAUGUUCGCCAUCAUCGGCCUUGAGUUCUACAUGGGAAAGUUCCACACCACCUGUUUCGACAUCGCCACUGAUGAGAUUUAUGAUGAGUUGCCAUGCGGUACAGAGUUACCGUCCAGAUUGUGUCCUAAUGGGACCACGUGUAAAGGCUAUUGGCUGGGGCCCAACUAUGGGAUCACCCAAUUCGACAACAUUCUCUUUGCUGUCCUCACUGUAUUCCAAUGUAUCACCAUGGAGGGUUGGACCGAUAUGUUAUACUAUAGUAAUAAUGUAGAGGGAAGUGCCUGGAACUGGAUGUACUACAUCCCCCUCAUCAUCAUCGGGUCCUUCUUCAUGUUAAAUCUGGUGCUGGGCGUCCUCUCAGGAGAGUUUGCCAAAGAGAGAGAGCGAGUAGAGAACCGUGCAGAGUUCCUCAAAUUGAGACGCCAGCAGCAAAUAGAGAGAGAGCUAAAUGGAUAUCUAGAAUGGAUCUGUAAAGCAGAGGAGGUCCUUCUGAAUGAGGAUGGUACCAUUUUUACCGGUACCGUCAAGACCAAGAACAAGAAAGAGCUGCUGAAUCCAGAGGAGGGGGAAGACGGUGGAGCUAAUGGAGACCCGUUUGGCCGAGGUGGUCUGCAGGAUGGGUCCAACUACAAUAGGAACGAGCGGCGGAUCCGGUUCUUCAUCCGUAAGAUGGUGAAGACUCAGGCCUUCUACUGGACCGUCCUGAGUCUGGUGGGCCUCAACACCAUGUGUGUGGCGGUGGUACACUAUGAACAACCUGAGAUCCUCUCCGACUUUCUCUUCUAUGCAGAGUUUAUAUUCCUGGGUCUGUUCAUGUCAGAGAUGUGUAUUAAGAUGUAUGGCUUGGGGACUAGGCCCUACUUCAACUCCUCCUUCAACUGCUUUGACUGUGUUGUGAUCGUGGGCAGUAUAUUUGAGGUGAUAUACGCGGUCAUUAAGCCAGGGACAUCGUUUGGCAUCAGUGUGUUAAGAGCCCUCCGACUGCUCAGGAUCUUCAAAGUCACCAAGUACUGGGCCCCUCUACGUAACUUGGUGGUAUCAUUACUCAACUCUAUGAAGUCCAUCAUCAGUUUGCUCUUCCUCCUCUUCCUCUUCAUUGUCGUCUUUGCCCUUUUGGGCAUGCAGCUCUUCGGUGGACAGUUCAACUUUGAAGGUGGCACGCCGGCCACCAACUUUGACACCUUUCCUGCAGCUAUAAUGACAGUAUUUCAGAUCCUGACGGGUGAAGACUGGAACAUGGUGAUGUAUGAUGGGAUCAAGUCUCAGGGAGGAGUAAACAGUGGAAUGGCCUACUCCGUCUUCUUCAUAGUGCUCACACUCUUCGGCAACUACACCCUGCUGAAUGUGUUCUUAGCUAUCGCCGUGGACAAUCUGGCCAAUGCUCAGGAGUUGACCAAGGAUGAGGAGGAGCAAGAAGAGGCAGCUAAUGCCAAGACAACCCUGCAGAAGGCCAAGGAGGUGGCUGAAGUUAGUCCUCUGUCUGCCGCUAACCUCUCCAUCGCUGCAGUGACAGUAACAAAAACUGAGCGUAUCGAUGCCACAGAGAAUGUGCUUGACUGUAAGGAGCAGCAGAAGAAUAAUAAGGCUGGUGGCAAAUCUGUGUGGGAACAGAGGACCAGUGAGAUAAGGAGACAGAACCUGAUGACCAGCAGAGAGGCCCUGUACAACGAGAUGGACACGGAGGACUGGAAGGUCAGGGGAGAGGGGGAGGGAGAGGUGUCGUACCCCCAUCGUGCGGGGGACAUGAAGACCCACCUGGACCGUCCGCUGGUGGUCAACCCCCAGGACAACCGCAACAACAACACCAACAAGACCCGGCCCGGAGAGCCCCCUCUAGACCCGCAGGACACCCUGGGCCAGCAGAGGGCUGAAGAAUACAUCAGACGCCAGGCCUGCUACCAUCAGAGGAACAGGGGGGGUGAACCAAGGGGAGGUAGUGGCCCAGAGAGAGAGGCCCGUCUGGGGCACGGGGGGAGCAGAUUGUCCCUGCAGACGCUGGAGGGUAUUGAAGAAAGAAGGGAACAUGGAAGGAGAUGUAGGCAUAAAGAAGGGAAGGAGGGGAGGAGUGUGUCACCGCAUUGUAGCGAGGGAGGAGUGGGGGAUGAGAAGAGGAGGCACAGGAGGGUUAGGAGGGAGGGGGAGGAGGGAGGGAGAAGGCAUAAGUGUAAGGGAUCAGAAGGUGUAGUGGUAGGGGAGGGGGGUGAGGUAGAGGGGGAGGGGAGGAGGCCGAGGCGUCAUCGGCAUGGAGAGAGGAGCCGACAGCAUCGAGUUAGAAAAGACCACCACUGCAGUGGCCCCAACCUCUCCACCGCUCGGCCCAUCCUCAGACAGGACAGUCAGUACAGGGAAGACCUAGACAACCUCCUCAACAACAGCAAACUACACGACCACACCCUCCACCCGCUGCCCCCAGACCACCCUGACCUUGUGAAUAACCUCCUGAACCGCAGUGUGACAGCAGACACACACCACCAUAGUAUGGACAGUCUAAUUCUGACCAGUAUGGCCAAGCCGGGUCAUACAGUCGUGGAUAUGAUGCCUCCUGUCUAUCCAUAUCCCUCCACCAAUGCCAUCCUGCAAGUGAACAAGAAUGCUAACACAGACCAGAAAAAGAAGGAUGAGGAGAAGAAGGAGGAAGAGGAGGAUGAAGGGGGCGAUGAAGAUGGUCCCAAACCAAUGCCCCCGUUCAGCUCCUGUUUCAUACUGUCCACCACCAACCCGUUCCGUAGGUGCUGCCACUACAUCCUGACCAGGAAGUACUUUGAGUUCAGUAUCCUGUCUGUGAUCGCAAUGAGCAGCAUCGCCCUGGCUGCAGAGGACCCUGUCUGGCCUGAGUCACCAAGCAACCAAGUGCUGAAAUACUUUGACUAUGUCUUCACGGGUGUCUUCACGUUUGAGAUGUUGAUCAAGAUGGUGGUGCUAGGCCUGUUCUUACAUCAGGGUUCAUACUUCAGGGACCUGUGGAACAUCCUGGACUUUAUAGUGGUUAGUGGUGCUCUGGUGGCCUUCGCCUUCACGGGGAGUGGCAAAGGGAAAGACAUCAGCACUAUCAAGUCUCUGAGAGUACUGAGGGUACUACGACCUCUCAAGACCAUCAAACGACUCCCCAAGCUAAAGGCUGUGUUUGACUGUGUGGUGAACUCUCUGAAGAACGUCCUGAACAUCCUCAUCGUCUACAUGCUCUUCAUGUUUAUAUUUGCUGUGGUGGCUGUGCAGCUGUUCAAAGGCAGAUUCUUCUACUGCACUGACGAGUCCAAGGAGUUUGAGCGCGAUUGCAGGGGAGAGUUUUUGGUGUACGAACGGAAUGAAGUAAAAGCUGAGAAGCGGGAGUGGAAGAAGUACGAUUUCCACUACGACAACGUGCCUUGGGCCCUGCUCACCCUCUUCACUGUGUCCACUGGAGAGGGCUGGCCGCAGGUGUUAAAGCAUUCGGUAGAUGCGACCUAUGAGAAUCAGGGUCCCAGUCCGGGCUACCGGAUGGAGAUGUCCAUCUUUUACGUGGUGUACUUCGUUGUCUUCCCCUUCUUCUUCGUCAAUAUCUUUGUUGCUCUCAUCAUCAUCACCUUCCAAGAACAGGGGGAUAAGAUGAUGGAGGACUACAGUCUGGAAAGAAUGAGGUGA